ACAGCCAACAUGAGCAACAGCGGCAUGAACAUGAGGGGCAAGAUCAUCUUCUACGAGGACAGGAACUUCCAGGGGCGCUCCUAUGAGUGCAUGGGCGACUGCCACGACAUGAGCUCCUACCUGAGCAGGUGCCACUCCUGCAGGGUGGAGAGCGGCUGCUUCAUGUUCUACGACCAGCCCAACUACAUGGGAAACCAGUACUUCAUGAGGAGGGGCGAAUACUCUGACUACAUGAGCAUGAUGGGAAUGAGAGACUGCAUCAGGUCCUGCCGCAUGAUCCCCAUGCACAGAGGCCAGUUCAGGAUGAGGAUCUACGAGAGGGAGAACUUCGGGGGCCAGAUGCACGAGAUGAUGGACGACUGCGACAACGUCAUGGACCGCUACCGCAUGUCCAACUGCAUGUCCUGCCACGUGAUGGACGGCCACUGGCUGAUGUACGAGCAGGCCCAGUUCAGAGGCAGGAUGAUGUACAUGAGGCCCGGCGAGUACAGGAGCUUCAGGGAGAUGGGCAUGAGCGGCACCAGGUUCAUGAGCAUGAGGCGCAUCAUGGACUCUGGCUACUAA